UAAGCGCUGCAAACAACAUGGAGGAUAGUGAAAACAAUUUGCCAAAGACCAGUCAUUUUUUACUGUAAACAACGCUCAGUUGCACUAAAACCUGCCUUCAUUGUUAAUGUAUUAGCGAUGUUAAUAUUGAACCUCAGCUGCUGGCAGGUCUGACUCUGCAAAGGACCAUGCUCUAUCUCCGCCUGUCCCGGAGGCUCCAGCCUCGGACACAGGUAGGCUCUGUCCCCCGACAGAGUGUCCAUAAACUGGCAUCACUUAAGAAUGUCAGAAUGCUUCCUCCAAAGAAAGUCCAAAGCUUACUUUACCCCUUCAGUCAGAUGGAGACUUACCUGGACAGGUCGGUGGACAGGACACAGUUCCAGCACUUCCAUCCCAGCGUGGAGGACAUGGUGAAAGCAGAAACGCUCUUCCUCUCCUCGCCGUCUCAUAAGAUCGAUUACUACAUCUCUGCAGAGCGGUUGGACCAUGUUCCUGCACUGAAACAACCAGAGGUGUGUUUCAUCGGCAGGAGCAACGUGGGCAAGUCCUCUCUCAUCAAAGCUCUGUUCUCCCUCACCCCGGAGGUAGAGGUCCGGGUGUCCAAAACUCCUGGUCACACUAAAAAGAUGAACUUCUUCCGGGUCGGCCGAGCUUUCACCGUGGUGGACAUGCCCGGGUACGGACACAGAGCGCCCAAAGACUUUGUGGAUAUGGUGGAGCCGUACCUUUACACCAGGAAGAAUCUGGUGAGGACAUUCCUGCUGGUCGAUGGCAGCGUUGGUCUGCAGCAGGACGACCUGAUCGCCAUGGAGAUGUGUGAGGAGAUCAGACGUCCAUAUGUGAUGGUGGUAACUAAGAUUGACAAAUCAGGCUAUGGAACUCUGCUGAAGGUCUUACUGAGUCUGCAGGAUGUGGUCAGAACAAACACCAUGAGCUGCUUCCCCCAGCCGCUGCUUGUCAGCUCCCUGAACUUCUGGGGGAUCUACCUGCUGCGCUGCUUCAUCGCUCAUGUAACAGGGAGCAUCAGUUUGACGGACACCUCUCUCAGCUGACCUGAGGCCAGCGCACUGGGUGGAGCUGGGAGUUGCCUAACUUUUAUUUUUAUUUCAUAAUAAAAUGUGAUUCAUUCACCUGUCCAAAGGCUGGCUGUCAUUGUUUUUCUAAGUUGGCUGUGAUCCAGGGCCAUGAUGCUGUCAGCUGCUUUAAGAGACCAGGGAUUAAUGAAUAAGAGAGGAACCUUGAGUAUUAUGAGAAAAACAACACCCAAACACUGUGGUAGUGACCUGUCAAUCACAAGUCCCGCCCCAACAUACACAUCAGGAAAGUGUUUACUGAGGUAAUAAAUUAGGUGACAAGUAGGCUAAUUUUCUCAUAAACUUCUACGCAAUCUUACUUUUAUGGUGUGGACAUCUUCAAAAUAACUGAAAUGGUUGGAUGACUCCGAAAAGGAUGAGUGGGUAAUUAAUAACCUGUCCGACUGACUCACUGAGAGUACUGACAUUCACCACAUUAUGUUGUUUGGAGGUACAAGUGACAACUAAUACUGACAUUUUAAAGGCCUUCAGACAAAGAAUAUUACACCUGUUUCACACGGCCCUUAAACCUGCAGGAGUACACUUUGUAGCUUAUGCAAACUAAUUCCUGAAAAAACUCACGUAAAUGACAAGGGCCUUGCUUUGCUUUGCUUUGCUCUGUGUUUUCUUUAAACUGUUCUUUCUCACUUUUGUAUUUUCUGGAUUAACUGUUUACCAAUUAAGAUGUAUCAAAAGGAUUAAUUUGUUGCAGUGAUGGUUAGAAAAUCAUUAAACUGUUAAAAAAAUAAAUACAAAAUGUUUCUCA